AUGACUUUCGUUUUCUUUCAACUACUUAUAUUUCCAGAGUUUGCCAGUACCAACUGCAGAAUAUCUGUCAACGGCAAGGAAAAGCAAGCUACUACAAAACCUACUACUUGGAUCAAUAUCAUAUAUAAAGCAUCCUUGAGCAAACAAAUUGGCUCGGUUGAGGUCAAAACCCAGUACCGGGCUCUCAAUCAUCGGUUGGUUGGCAUUGAUCUGAUACGCAUCACAGCGUUGGUCAAUUCUGCAUCAGAUAAGCACAGGUUGAAGGUCAUAUUUGCCUUUAUUGCUUUCGCUAAAUAUUCCACUUCUUACAUCCUUCAUUGUGUCCAAACGCAUCUGUAUACCAUGUGUGAAAGCGCUCACAUCCAACCCCCUUUAACCUUUGAUCAAAAGCCUCUCUUUCUUUCGCAAGUGAACAAGAUCAUUAAGGCAAUUGCCUGCUUCCAGUACAUUAUAAAUAGCGACAAUCACAACCGUGUAAACGGCCAAACUACACUCACUGAUAAUAUCCUCUUCCACGUUACUGACCCCAAAUUAACGCGUGAGCGAAAAUCAAUUACAGGACAUUACAACCGUUAA